GCAGCCGCUGUGGGGGUGAUGCUGGUCCUGGUCCUGGUGGUUCUCAUCCCUGUGCUGGUCAGCUCCGUGGGCACUGGUGGCGGCACAGAUGACAGCGCUGGCCACUACGAAAUGCUGGGCACCUGCCGCAUGGUGUGUGACCCCUUCCCUAGCGUGGGAACAGCAGGCACGAGCACGCAAAUUGGCAUGGACACUGCCACCACGGGCCUCCAGCUUGACAACGAGGCAGAUGCACUGGGCGACCACAGCGUUGGCCCGCCGCUGCCCACCUACAGUGCUCACGGACCACAGGGCAGACCAGGACGUCCAGGAAAGCCCGGACCCCCGGGACAACCCGGAGAGCCAGGACCCCCGGGACCCAAGGGACCACCAGGUGAUGGUGUGGAUCUAGUCAGGUCAGGAGUGAUGGGUGUCGGCGGAAAAGGGGCAGUUAGCACCACCAUCUACAACACCACUCCUCGGGUGGCGUUUUAUGCUGGGCUGCGAAACCCUCAAGAAGGUUAUGAUAUCCUGCGGUUUGAUGAUGUGGUGACUAAUAUUGGUGAUAACUAUGAAGGUGCCACUGGCAAGUUCACCUGCAAGAUCCCUGGCACCUACUUCUUCAUCUACAACGUACUGAUGAGGGGAGGAGAUGGCACCAGCAUGUGGGCUGACCUGAUUAAGAAUGGCUUGGUCAGGGCCAGUGCCAUUGCCCAGGACCAGGACCAGAGUUAUGACUAUGCCAGCAACAGUGUCAUCCUUCAUUUGGAUGCAGGGGAUGAGGUCUUCAUCAAAUUGGACGGGGGCAAGGCCCACGGGGGCAACAGCAAUAAAUAUAGCACCUUCUCAGGGUUCAUUCUCUAUGCCGACUGA